AUGCUGCCGGUGCAUCUGCGGCUGCUAGCGGCGCUGGUGGAGACGAUCGGCGCGCCCAUCAAGCUCACCGUCGCCGCCGCUGCGGCGCAUGACACGGGCUUCCGAGAGAAAGUCAUUCUCCUUGCUCAGGCCUUCCAUCGCAUGAACGUGCGUCUGCACAGGCGGCUGGACACGAGGCAGCAUCCCAGGCAGCACCGCCACCUGCCCAUCCGCCCGCUGAACGAGGAGAGAGCCAUUGACCUGGCAGCGCACCUGCUUGGGGAGCUCUUCGUCUUUGGGAUGGGCGGCAGCAUCAUAGUGGCGGAGGUGGCCAAGCAGGGGCGGGCAGAGGCGAGGAAGGAGGAGGCGCACAGAAGAGAGGUGCAGGAAGCAACGACCCGCCACCGGUACCUACAGCAGGAGAUGUUUGUAGCGAGAGAGAGGCUGGUGCAAGUGCAGCACUCCCUUGGAGUGGAUGGGACAGCUCUUCCCCCCCUGCCUCCUCUCCCUCACUCUCUCACACACGCUCGAGGGAGACACAGGCAUUUGGGGAGUGGUGGUGGUGAGCUGGAAGAGGAGGAAAAGGGGAGGGAAGAGGGAGAAGACGGGUGGAGGGAGGAGGAAGAGGGAGUGGACGAAGAGGAGGAGCAUGAGGGGAGGAUGGGCGGAGGUGAGGGGCAAGAGGGCAGCAGCUCAGCCGGCGGCUGCCACUAUAACGACGGCAUUGCGGCGCAGCGGUCGGGAUACAACGGCACGAGCCUCGCGUCGCCUGCCACCAUCCCCGUUAGUAGCGUUGACCGCGGCGAUCCCAAUGACGAAUCACCUCACAACAGCAGAAGCGGAAGCUAUCAGAACGGCAACGGCGGAAGGGGGGAACAUGCGAUGAGAGGGGGAUCGGGGAGGGGAGGGGGAGGGGAAGCGGGAAGAGACGGCAGCGAAUUACAGCCGUUCAUUCGAUCUCACCACGCGGCCACGCCGUUGAUGCGCCCAUCAGAGAUCGCACUCGAGCCCGCCUCCGCGGAUGUCCCUUCCCCCUCCGCCUUCCUUCCCCCCAUGAGCCCCGAAUCCAUCCCCCUCGGCCUCUCCUCCCUCCGCUCGCUCUCCGCGCUUUCCGCCACCCCUCUCUGGCCUCCUCCGCCACUUGCGGAAUGGCCUCGAGCCGCCGCAGAUCACGGCCCGCGAAUCGCGGCCGCCGCAGUGGAUGUCGCCGAUAGGCUGCUGACUACGGUGCCGCCGCUGCUGACGCACGCGCUGACGUCAGCGGCGGGAGGGGUGCACCGAUACCUGCAGCGGUUCAGCGUGUAUGUGAUUAUAGCGAAUGCGGUUCGGCCUGUGCUGAGGCCUGCUGUGGAUAAGGCGCAAGAGGUGCUCGAUAAGAUCCCUCCCAUGAGCACCAUUGCCGGGCGGUUAAUAUGGCUGUCCGUGCUACUACUACUGGCGUGGGCGGCAUGCACAUUGCCCUCGCUGCUCUCCACCCUCCACGACCCCCACUACUACUCCGCCUCGCCCUUCCCCCGCCGCAUCCCCGUGCUGGGCGAUGGUGGCUCUGCUCCGGUCUUCUCUGACGAUGGCUUUAAUGUGGAGGCUGCUGCCAAGAUGUGGGAGGCGAAGGUGGGGUGUGCGCGUUUCAGGUGGAAGCACAGGGAUCUGCUCAAGAAAUACUCUUACUCCUCCGCCUUCCCCAGAAGCUCCAGUCUUCAGGACCCAAGCAGGGUGGCGUGCGGGCGAAUGCAGCUGCGCCACGUCACCAUCCUGCUGCCACCUGGCGCUGAGUCGUGGAUGUGGCCGCACAAGCUGGAGGGCUUCUACCACUGCCCGCGCUGCGGCAUCACCUGCCAGAUCUCCUGGUCGCCCCUCAUGGCCCUACAGGCAGAUGCCACUCUUCACGUGUGGCCCGCAGACCCACCUGCAGAGCGCACGCGAGGGCAGCCGCUGCGAGUGUACCUGAACCUGGAGUCGUGGGGGCUGCAGGAGAAGCGCCGGCUGUUCGACGUGGGUGUGUCUCCCUUCGCCAGCAGCGACGUGCAGCUGACCUACUCCGGCGUGCACCACACGCUCGAGACCGGCCGGAGGCAAUUCUUCUCUAAGAUCAAGCGGCAGGACGUGCCUCUAUACUGUGCAUGCAUCAUCAACUGCCAGUAUGAGUGGCGAGGGAGGCUGGAUGUCCCUCUAUACCGAGCAUCGUCGCACUGCCAGUACGAGUGGCGGGAGGGCCUGGUUCGGGACGUGUUCGCCUUGGUACCGCACCACAGCUUCGGGCACUGCGACAACAACAUGAACGGCAGUGAUGCUGAACUGCUUCUCUACCCUGAAUGCACCCACCCGGUGAUAAGCAUACAGAAGCAGGAGAUAUCAGCAUGUGCCAUGUCGCACUACAAGUUCAUCCUCAGCAUCGAGAACACGCGCGUGCCCGGCUACGUCACUGAGAAGGCCCUGGAGCCCCUGGAGGCAGGCACAGUGCCCGUGUACUAUGGGGCACCUGACAUCCACCAGUUCAUGCCUCCGGAAUCCUUCAUCGAUGGCAGCAAGUACACGGCCACGCAGCUUGCCACGCUCAUCACGGCUCUGAAUAAUGAUCCAGGUAUGUCAAAACCCACUCUGAAAGCACUGGAGCCACUCGAAGCAGGCACGGUGCCCGUGUACUAUGGGGCACCCGACAUCCACAGCUUCAUGCCGCCUGAGUCGUACAUCGAUGUCUCAAAGUAUACCGCUGCGCAGCUCGCCACACUCAUCACUGUUCUCAAUAGUGGCCCAGGCACGGUGCCUGUGUACUAUGGGGCGCCAGACAUCCACCAGUUCAUGCCGCCUGAAUCCUUUAUUGACGGUCCCAAGUACACGGCGGCACAGCUCGCCAUGCUGAUUACUGCUCUGAAUAAUAACCCAGGUACGCAGAAUUCUGGUUAG